AUGGAGGAAUAUGAAGCAUGUAUCUUAGGAAUUAAAGCAUAUACUGAUCUACGAAUUAAGAUUCUCAAAAUGUAUAGGGACUCGACACCUGCCAUCUAUCAAAUCAAAGAAUAUUGGGAAACUCACCAUUCCAAUUUGGUUCCAUACCGAGAGCAUAUCUUGAAGCUAAUCCCCUAUUUUGAUAAGAUUACUUUCCAUCAUAUUCCUAGGGAGGAAAAUCAGCUAGUCGAUGCAUUGGCUACUUUGUCAUCUAUGUUCAAGGUUAAGUGGGCGGAUGAAGCACCUGCUAUUACAAUUCAACAUCUAGAUGAACCAGCAUACUGCUUAGCGGUAGAAGUUGAGACUGAUGGCAAGCCUUGGUUUUAUGUCAUUAAGCGAUAUCUUGAGAAAUACGAGUAUCCAAAUGACGUCUUCAUCACAGACAAGAAGACCUUGAGGAAGUUAUCAUCCAAUUUCUUUCUAAGUGGUGGUGUGUUAUACAAAAGAAACUUUGACCUAUUUCUGCUCAGAUACAUGGAUAGACACGAAGCAGGCCUACUCAUCAAAGAAAUAUAUGAAGGUUCUUUCAAAAUUCAUGCAAACGAACAUGCAAUGGCGAAGAAAAUCCUUAAAGCUGGUUACUAUGGGUUGAUGAUGUAA